AGUGCUUCCAUGUGUGUGUAUGUGUGUGUGUGUGUGAGUGUGUGUGUGGAUGCGUCAGCAGAUGGGACAGCCUGCCAGCUCAGCCACUGCUGCUGCUGCCACUCUGCUGAAGGAGAAGGGGGAGAGAGAGACCAGGCUGGAGGAGAGGAGGGAGAAAGAGAGAGAGAGAGAGAGAGGGAGGGAGAGAGAGUCCAGGCCCAAAUAAAGUCAUGGGGGCCAGGGCUGGGCUGGGCACCCUUUUCAUAUAAAUACGCUGGCCGCCUGGAGGUUCGGGUUUGGUGGUUGGGGCUUGGGACCGGCGACCACCACUGCUGCUGCAAUCCUCCUCAGGGGAGUCUCCUCCUCACCAUCCUCAUCCUGGUCAUCACUGCUCUGGCCAUCCAAGAUGCCUCGAGUGGACGCAGACCUCAAGCUGGACUUUAAGGAUGUCCUGUUCAGACCCAAGAGGAGCAGCCUGAAGAGCCGCUCAGAGGUGGAUCUUCAGAGGACCUUCACAUUCCGCAACUCCAAACAGACCUACACUGGCAUCCCCAUCAUCGCUGCCAACAUGGACACCACAGGGACGUUUGAGAUGGCACAAGUGCUCAGCAAACACACCCUCUUCACAGCUAUUCAUAAACACUACUCUGUAGAAGACUGGAAAAACUUUGCUGCUAGUCAUCCAGAAUGUUUAGAGCAUGUAGCUGCUAGCUCAGGAAGCGGAAAUGCAGAUCUGGAGAAGCUGUGUGCCAUCCUGGAAGCGGUCCCUUCCCUUAAGUACAUCUGUCUGGACGUGGCCAACGGCUACUCCGAGUACUUUGUAGAGUUUGUCAAGACGGUCAGAGGAAAGUUCCCCAAACACACCAUCAUGGCUGGUAACGUGGUAACGGGGGAGAUGGUGGAGGAGCUCAUCCUGUCUGGGGCUGACAUCAUCAAAGUGGGCAUCGGGCCAGGUUCUGUGUGCACGACAAGAAUCAAGACCGGCGUGGGCUACCCACAGCUCAGCGCGGUUAUAGAGUGUGCAGACUCAGCUCACGGACUCAAAGGACACAUCAUCUCUGAUGGUGGCUGCAGCUGCCCAGGAGAUGUAGCCAAAGCCUUUGGUGCCGGGGCCGACUUUGUAAUGAUGGGAGGGAUGCUGGCGGGCCACGAUCAGUGCUCUGGGGAGGUGAUUGAGAAGAACGGGAAGAAAUACAAACUCUUCUACGGCAUGAGCUCUGACACAGCCAUGAAGAAGUACGUCGGUGGAGUUGCUGAGUACAGGGCAUCUGAGGGGCGGACGGUGGAGGUUCCCUACAGAGGAGACGUGGAAAACACCAUCCGUGACGUGUUGGGAGGACUCCGCUCCACCUGCACCUACGUCGGUGCUGCCAAACUCAAAGAGCUGAGCAGGAGAACCACCUUCAUCCGAGUCACACAACAGUCGAGCCACAUGUUCGCCUAGGAGGGAGAACAGCCAUCGACACAGCAGGCACAGGAUGCAUAAUGUGUAUUGUACACUACAGUUCAAAAGUUUGGGAUCACUUGGAAAUGUCCGUGAUAACAUUAAUCAGAAAUACAGUCUAGACAUUGUUAAUGAGGUAAAUGACUAUUCUAGCUGGAAACGGCUGAUUUUUAAUGGAAUAUCUCCAUAGGGUUACAGAGGAACAUUUCCAGCAACCAUCACUCCUGUGUUCUAAUGCUACAUUGUGUCAGCUAAUGGGGUUGAAAGGAUAAUUGAGGACUAGAAAACCCUUGUGCACUUAAGUUAGCACAUGGACAAAAGUGUGAGUUUUCACAAAAAACAUGAAAUUGUCUGGGUGGCCCUAAACUUUUGAACUGUUGUGUACAUGUUGUGUGCAAUAAGCAGGACUGUGUUGUAACAGAUACACACGCUCACUUCAUGAUCACCCAACCUGUUUCUCUCAGGAUAUCUGCUCUCACAAACCUCCCAGCCCCUGAAGGUUGCAAUUAAAGAAAGUUCGACUUGAAUUCUCCCAGAGGGAUCGCAGGGCUCCAUUCAACUUGUUCUGGACAUGAGUGUGUUUACAUGCUUACACACACACCAUCAUGUGCUGUUGUAAUGUGAAGAUACUGUGUUUUGGAUGCCAAUUUACCACUUUCAAACACCUGGAUAAAUGCUUCCUUGUUGAGGGAAAUGGGAACAAAAGAACAUUGGUAUUUCAAAAAUCUUCACAGCAGUUGGGAUUUCUCUAUAUCCACAGCAUAUACGAAUGUGAACCAACACAUGUAAACACACUCAGCACGAGGAAGCUGGAACUAGUGCUAAGAUCAUUAUGGGGAAACUAUUCUACUGAGCUGUAUUUUGAAAUGAAUGUGCAAAUGCAAUAUGCAAGAACCAGAGACUCCUCCCUUUAAGUGUCACUGAAGAACUCGUGUCGCAAUAAACUGCAUGCAGAACCCUCUGCUAACUUCCUCA